GAAUACAAGCUAGGCAUGAGUAACUGUACUAUUAUUUCACAUAAUUGUGGUUACUCUGUGGUUAGAAUGUGGGAUGUACCACCAAGUGAAGUAGAUAUGAACAGAAAAGCAGUAUUUAAGAAGCGAGGUUUAUAGUUGAAAGUGAAAAGGAAAAGAAUAGGCCCAACCCAGCAACCUAUCUUCCUCCUCAUCUGGUCUCACCUAUCACCUGUCAGCUUGUACUCCUUCACCUCCCCCACCUUCUUCCCCCUUCCUUUCCGGCCCUGAUGAAGGGUCUCAGCUUGAAACGUCGACUGUCAUUCCUGCCUGACCUGCUGAGUUCCUCCAGCAUUUUGAGUGUGUUGCUCUGGAUUUCCAGCAUCUGCAGAAUCUCUUGUUUUUUUUAGGAAAGGAAUGCUAUUGGGUGAGAUGAAAGUCACUGGUGCAUGGACACUUCCGCAAUCUGCAUAGAAGGGAGUGUUAAAUUGGGCUGAGAGAUUUUUUUUUAAAUAAAGCUGCCUGGAAUGGUAGUGUAGUGGUUAGCACAGCACUUUGCAGUACCAGCGACCCCCGGUUCAAUUCCCACCACUGUCUGUAAGGACAGUAUGUUCUCCCCGUGACUGUGUGGGUUUCCUCCGAGGACUCCGGUUUCCUCCCAAAGUCCAAAGACUGGUAGGUUGGUAGGUUAAUUGGUCAUUGUAAAUUGUCCGGUGAAUAGGCUGGGGUUAAAUCGGGCAGCAUGACCUAAAGGGCUGGAAAGGCCUGUUCCAUGCUAUAUCUCAAAAACUAAAUAAAUAGGUUUCUGAACAGUCCAUGAACUCUGUCUCACUAUUUUGCUCCAUUUCUACUCCAUUUAUAUUUAUUCUUAUUGUAAUUUAUACUCUAUUUCUAUGUUUUACACCGUACUGCUGUCACAAAACAUUUCAUGACAUAAACACAAGAGAAACUGUGACUGUUUAUUCCUCUCAUUUGCUGAGUUCUUUCAGCACUUUGUGUCAGUUUCUCUGAAUUUCACAUUUGAUAAUAAACCUAACUCUGAUCAACGUGGCGAUCAUGUUGUUAAACUGCUGUGAUUAGACCAUAGGAGUAGAACUAAGCCCACCAAGUCUGCGCCUCCAUUUCCCUCUUGUCACCCUUCAUGCCCAGACCAGCCUCUGCCUUAAGACAUCCAAAGAUUUGGCUUCCACAGCCACCUGUGGCAACAAAUUUCACAGAUUAUUUUUCGCUCCCUGGCUAAGGAAAUUCCUCCAUCUCCAUUCUAAAUAGAUGUCCUUCUAAUCUGUGGCUGUGUCCUCAGGUCUUAGAUUCCCCCACUAUAGCAAACCUCCUCUCCACAUUCACUCUAUCGAGGCCUUUCAACAUUGGAUAGCUUUCAAUGAGCUAUGGUUCUUCUGCAUUCCAGUGAGCACAGGCCCAGAGCCAUCAAACUCUCCUCAUAUGAUAAACCUGUCAAACCCGGAAUAAUUUUUGUGAACCAUUAGGGUUGUGCGGGUUGGUUCAGAAACCGGAGCGGUUGUACGGGAGGUUUAAGGCAAAUGUUUGAUUUAUUCAGGGGAAAUACUGCUUCUGAUGACAGGUCCCCACGUUUCUCCCUCUACAGAUGCUGCCUGGGACACUAAGUAUUUCUAAAGACACACACACACACACACACACACACACACACACUCACAACGCUGGAGGAACUCAGCAGGUCAGGCAGCAUCUAUGGAGGGGAAUAAACAGUGGACGUUUCGAGCCGAGGCGCUUCAUCGGGAACAUUUAUUUUUGACCUCUUCCUUAUAUCUAAGAAGCAGAGAAAUCAAUUAGCGACAUCGGAUUCCCAGCGACACACAUGCCUAGCGGUUCACGUGAACAGUGAAGUGUUCUCUCUGUGUUAUGUGUGCGUGUGUUAUUUGUGGCAAAGCGCAGAAAUAGAUUGCUAGCGAACGCACACAAAGAGCUUCCUCCUCUCGCACUCUGAUCUCUCGCUGAAACAAAACCCUAAAUUAGCCGCGGAGGGGUGGACAAGGACACCGCCAGAGGCAGUCGAUGUGGUUUCCGCGAUCCGCAUAGAAGGAAGUGUUAAAAAAAAACCUUCCUCAAGAUCUCAGAGCGCAAUGUGAAGCGAGCGGCGAGGGCUCGGUCGCGCAGACGUUCUGACUGCGAGAGCUGCUGCACUGACACCAUGCACCAGAAGACGCAGGACCGGUUGACUCCUCAAGGGCUGCACUACAGUGACCUGCGACACUUUGUGAACGAGGAUGGGAAUUACCUGUACUGUCGCUACUGGGAACCCACGACUCCCCCCAGAGAUACAGCACAGUAAGAUGGGACUGCACAAACACAUAGAGCAGGAUUGCACACGUACACAGAACAGGACAGGACCGAGGGAAUCUGGAGCACCAAGGGCCCUGGUGAUGAUACUACACGGCGCUGGAGAACAUAGCGGGGCGUACGGCAACGUUGCCACAAUGCUCGUCAACCAGUCCCUCUUUGUGUUUUCCCAUGAUCACAUUGGCCACGGGCAGAGUGAAGGUCAGCGCCUGAGCGUGUCUAACUUCAGUGUCUACGUCCGCGACUGCCUGCAGCACAUCGACAUGAUGAAACGCCGUUUCCCAGAUCUGAAGAUCUUCCUGUUGGCACAUUCCAUGGGAGGAUUGAUUGCUAUCUAUGCCAUGCACAACAGACCAGAAGACAUCGCCGGGGCAAUCUUCAUUUCACCUUUGGUUACACUGAAUCCUGAGUCAGCACGACCCUGGAAGGUGUUCUGUACCAAACUGCUGUGUCACCUGAUGCCAAAUAUGACCCUGGGAGUCAUGAAUCCACAGUGGCUAUCCAGAGAUGAAAAAGAGGUUCAAAACUUUUAUGAAGACCCUCUCUGCUACCAUGGAGGCAUGAAGGUGGGAUUUGCUGCUGUACUGUUAAAUGCACUAACCGGCCUGGAGAACAUACUGCCUACCAUCACAGCACCAGUGCUGCUCUUACACGGUGAUGCGGACAAAUUGUGCGACAUUAAGGGUUCACACAUCAUGUAUGAGAUGGUAACCAGCACUGACAGGACACUGAAGGUUUUUGAGGGAAGCUUCCACCAGCUUCACAAGGAACUUCCAGAGGUCGUGAAGGAAGUGUUUUCAUUAAUACAAACGUGGUUGAAUGACAGGCUGCCUCCGGCGAAUAUAUGAGUCCAGUCUGAAAAUAAGAAUGUUUAUCAUGAAAUCUGUUUAAUUUAUAUCGGGGAUGAAUGUUUGAGGGGGGUGGGAUGGGCUGAG